AUGAUUGAUGAAUCUCCUGUGCAAUACUUCUUCCACAAGUUCCGAAAAGAUAACAAGAACCUUGAAGGGGUAAGGAUAAUCGGUGAGGGGACAACAUACCGCCAUCGAGGAUAUCCAUCUGGAGACGGCGACGUUCUGACAGCUAAUGGAACAACUAUGGUUCGAAAACAGUUGCAAACGAUGGAAACUGUGAAAUGUACUGGAAAGUGUAAACAGAAUUCACAACUGGAUGAUGUAUGA